AUGUCCUACGCGACCAGGCACGGCUGGAGAUGCCCAGCCUCGCACCCCAAGCAGGUGCCCCAGAUCGCUCUCGAACAGGAAUUCUACGCCGGCAGCUACCGCCACGAGGACAUCGCCCUCUCGUCAGGCAGUAAGCUGGGCGCGGGCGUGCACGGGGAUUUCUUCAUGGGCUGGACGCCGACGGGGGUGGCCACGAUGCUGCGCGCGCUCGACGACCCGCAGUGCCAGCGAGCCGCGGGGAUCCUGCCGUGGUACAACGACGAGUCGCGCAUCCAGAGGCCCGUGGCUGCGCUGCCUGGGUGUAACCCGCUCUUUGACGCGCCUGGGUUGCCGGAUAUGAAGCCCGCAUGUGCCGGUUCGGGUUUUGGUGGUGCGAGUGUGCCAAAGAUUGACCCGCCGUCGAGACUGUUUGCGUGGAGGGAUGGGGACCCGAGGCAUGUGGUGCAUUCAUUGGGCGUGUUUGAUCAGGUUGCGCCGAGUUCGAGCAGUAGGACUACGUUGUUGAGUGUGGCGAAGACGACGGUUAGCGCGGCGAGCAAGACGGCGAGCACGACCAAGACUACCCCGAUUACGACGACCAAGACCGCGGCUAGUCCGACGACAAAGACGACCAAGACUACGACGGUUCCGACAGGGGCCCGGCGGCAACCAAGACUUCCGCGCCCGGCGGCGAUUCUUGUGGAGCUAUUCGAAGCCGCGAUCAUGCCACUGGGGGACUCGUCGGUCUCUGGAACCGUUCUUGUCCUGAUUUAUUACCUCUUUUCGUCUUUGAGCUCCAACACGCAUCUGCUUGACUUCUCCAUGCGUUUUAGUCAUGUCCUGAUCGGAUCUUAG